GCACCCCAUUAAAAAAAAAAAAUCUUGGUCAAGGCUUUUAUUGCUGAGCUUCCCUGUUCUUUUGAAACACUUCGGCCUUGACUAGACACACAAGUUGUACAGUUUUAACUACCCUGGUAUGACCCCUGGUAUGACUUUCUCUGUAACUCUAGUGAAUAUGUCUGGUCGUGGUAAGGGAGGCAAGGGUCUCGGAAAAGGAGGCGCUAAGCGCCAUAGGAAGGUGUUGAGGGAUAACGUCCAGGGUAUUACGAAACCCGCUAUUCGUUGUUUGGCUCGUCGUGGGGGAGUGAAGCGUAUUUCAGGUCUCAUUUACGAGGAGACUCGCGGGGUGCUGAAAGUGUUUCUGGAGAAUGUGAUCCGAGAUGCCGUUACUUACACCGAGCAUGCGAAGCGGAAGACUGUGACUGCUAUGGACGUUGUUUAUGCGUUGAAGCACCGGGGUCGUACUCUGUACGGAUUUGGAGGCUAAACUGUGCUAGUAAUUCUUUUCCGAAACGUCUAU